CACACACCGCAUUAUUCAUAUUAUUCAUCUAUAUGCAUCUUCACAUCUAUAAUCUAGCUCAAGAGUGAGAGUGAGGGUACCAAGUCAUGUCUGCUGGUCCGUCGCGCGAAGGAAGUACCACGGAUUUGAGCACAGCAGGUGGUGCCAAGAAUACGCGUAAAAAUGUCCAUUUUGACGGACCUAGAGGAACUGAGGAUGCUGCUGGUGCCGUGAUGACACAGACAGAAGGAUCGCCUUCUAAGGAUGCAUCGACGCCUACUGGCAGAAAAGGCGCAUUGAAACAGCCGUACUCCAACGAGAGUAUUAAUGCGGCAUUGGCAAAAUCACUUGGUCAAGCGGCGCCCAUCUCCAACAAGGGCCUCUUCUUCCUGCAGGAAGAGUCGGAAGACGAUGAAGUAGACAGUGCUGGCAAAGGCAAAGUAACGCCAAAAGCACCCUUCAAGAAGACGGGCAUCAAAAUGGGAUUGUCGCGGAGUGCGCCUGUUUCGCCUGUGCUGAGACCUCAAGCGGAUGAAAUGGCUACGAUGCAGGAUGUGGAUCUGGAUGCGCCCAAGACGCCGUCGAACGGAAGUAGCAGGGUGCGUCUCGCGGAUCGAAGACAAGGCGGACCUGACAUGCCGCGUAUUGAUCUGCCUGAUGCAGGUACUUCUGACCGUCAAACACCAGGCGCCUACUCCCUGUACAGCACACCUGGCGCAGGCGACAACACCAUGAUGGGUAGCAGUUACUUCAAAAACAAGUCGGACGCUGAUCUGCUUGGUGACAAGGAACAAGUUUUUCUCAUGUCGGAUUUGUCACGGCCUACUUCAGCGCCACCCACUGAACCCACAGAGACGACGGCGCCUGCAGCAAGUGCUACUGCAGAAGAUGAAGCACAUCGCAAACUCAACUUGGAAGCGUAUAAGCUUGUUCGAGCACACACCAUCCUCGCAAAACGCGACGAGCCGGGCCCUUCUUCGCGACGCAGCUCGUUUCAAUCCACCAAUAAUUCAGGCACGACAACACCGUAUGAUAUCGAAGAAGGCUAUAUCCCUGCUCCGAAACGCGUACGAGGUGGCGUCUUGUCCAAUCUCAUGCAACUGUACAAUAGUACCGUGUAUCAGCAGCCCACAGGUUCGCGUGAUCCCGGCAAGAGUGCCCUGCCAUCCGGUGCUCAAACGCCCAAAUGGCAUCAAAAACACUCUCAAUCACAGACAUCCAUUGCUGCAUUGCUAGGAGCAGGUCAUGCACUGGGUAGUCUGGCAGCAAAUCAACACCUACCACUUGCUCAUUCACGCAACGGUAGCAUGACGAGCUUACCCGAUGCAGUGUCUGAUGCGGCACAUGCUGUCAGACCUCCAACACCGAAACGCAAGCACUCUGGCGGUCUUGCCUUUGCCGUCAAGUCUCACUUGGGAAACACACGUGGUCAUGCUGCCCGGCUGGAUGCAGAGCUGCGCGUUACAAUGGCUAUUGCUGAUGUCUUGCAUCGUCAGCAGUUUGUCGUCAAGUUGUGUAAAGCGCUCAUGCUGUUUGGUGCACCGACGCAUCGGCUUGAAGCAUAUCUCAAGAUGACGGCGCGUGCACUUGAGAUUGAUGCGCAGUUUCUGUAUAUCCCUGGAUGUAUGGUCGUUGCCUUUGAAGACCGAGCAACGCAUACGAGUGAUGUCAAAAUCAUCCGUGUGGAUCAGGGAAUUGAUAUUGGCAAGCUGGAGCGCGUGCACCUCGUGUACAAGAACGUGGUGCAUGGGAUUGUUGAUGUCGAGCACGGUAUCGCUCAACUUGAUACGCAAAUGGAAUGCCCACAGCUCUACAAGCUUGGUUUUGUCUUGUUUGCUUAUGGACUAGCUGCCGUCUGCGUUGGACCCUUUGGAUUCGGUUCAAGUUUUAUUGAUUUGCCUAUACAAUUUCUGCUUGGGCUCAUUGUUGGUGUACUUCAAAUGGUGGUUGCACCACGCUCACCCCUGUAUGCCAAUGUCUUUGAGAUUCUCGCCACCGUCGUGGUGAGUUUCCUUGGACGAGGCUUUGGUUCCAUCCCAAAACCAGGCCAUCCCGGCGAAACGCUCUUUUGCUUUGCAGCACUGGCCCAGAGCUCUAUUGCACUCAUCUUGCCGGGAUACAUGGUGUUGUGUGGUGCACUUGAGUUGCAGUCAAAAAGCAUCGUUGCCGGCUCAACGCGUUUGUUUUACGCCAUUGUCUACUCUCUUUUUCUUUCUUUCGGAGUUACAAUUGGCAGUGUCCUCUAUGGCUGGUUCGACAGCGGUGCAACAACCUCAACCACAUGUAGCAGCAACAUUUCUCCAUGGUGGCGAUUCCUAUUUGUACCAGGCUUCACGCUUUGUUUACUGAUUGUCAACCAAGCUCGACCAAAACAAAUGCCCAUUGCUAUUUUCAUUGCUGGUAUUGGUUACUUGACCAAUUACUUUACACUACAGAAGUUUGGUGCUGCACAAGUCAGCAAUGCACUUGCAGCUUUUGCCAUUGGAACACUGGGCAAUCUCUACUCGCGCAUUGGGCAUGGUUUGUCAUUUACGGCGGUAUUGCCGUCUAUCUUCGUGCAGGUGCCCUCUGGUCUCGCCAGUUCAUCCUCACUCGUCAGCGGCCUCGAAUUGGCCAAUUCCAUUUUGAAUAACACGGCUAAUAGUACCUACGGUGGGGAUACUAUUGGGGCGAGCGGUGCAGGUGCAUUGCAGUUUGGUUAUGCUAUGAUUCAGAUUGCUGUGGGCUUGUGUGUGGGUCUUGCUGCAUCGGCACUCGUUGUCUACGUGCCUGUUUGUUGGGGGAACAAUAAGCGUACUGGCAUGAUGACUUUUUGACGACUUCGUUUGUACAGUACUUUGCUAUAGACUUUUACAUACGAUGAUGAUAUACACACACGGCAG